AUGUCUAAUGGAAGCCUGGAAAGGCAUUUGCAUUGUGAUGCUGGCAAAUGUAAUAUUGGGGGUGUCUGUAAAAUGGAUUUACAGACACGAUUACAUGUAGCCAUGGAUGUUGCCCGUGGUUUGGCAUAUCUCCAUCAUGAUUGUUCAAUUCAAGCUGUUCACUGUGAUUUGAAGCCCAACAAUAUACUUCUGGACUUCUAUAUGACAGCACAUAUAGCUGAUUUUGGAAACGCCCAUAUACUAUCUGAAAAUUCUAUGGAUUCAUUUUCAGCAUCAGCAACACUGAAAGGUGCUCUAGGCUACAUUGCCCCUGAGUAUGGAGUUGGUGCAAGGAUUUCAGCGAAGGGAGAUGUUUACAGUUAUGGAAUUCUGUUGUUAGAGAUGCUAACAAGAAAGAGGCCAACCCACCAGAUGUUUGUUGAUGGACUCAGCUUGCGCAUGUGGGUUAGUAUGGCUUUCCCUGAUAGGAUUUCAGAGGUGGUUGAUUGUAGCUUGCUGUUGUGCAGUGGAGGUAUUACAGAUUCUACAUGCACUUGUCUUACUCAACUGAUUCGAGUAGCCUUGUUGUGCUCAAACGAUUCGCCUAAAGACCGACCAAGUAUGCCAGAAGUUGUGGAGUUGUUGGAAUGCAUUGAGGCCAUGUUUGAAGGCAGUAGAAUUGAUUCUAAAUAUCAAUCUGAUCUGUAUGAAAUGGUAAGCAGCACAAGAUGGGCAGGAAAUCUUGUCCAGGUAGGAAAGGGUCAGAGCACUUCCACAUUGCAGUCAAGUUCCUAA